AUGGAGCCGACGAUCCAUCCCGACCCACGUGAUACUUCGGUUUUGACGUUGCAGGCGGAGCAUAGGAGUGAGGAUGUUUGGGGAGGGGUUAUGGGCAGGCUUUUGACGUGUCGGGAGCACGUGCUUGGUUUAGGAGAGUGGGUGAUACAUGAUCGAGUCUUGGAGUUUGUUAGGUUAGCAGGGUUCUAUGGUGUACAUAGAUUGGUUGGUGGUGGAUUAGCCUUAGAUAGGUCUUUGAUUACAGCAUUGAUUGAGAGAUGGAGACAGGAGACGCACACUUUUCAUUUGGCUGUUGGUGAGGCUACUAUUACUCUACAGGAUGUCGCUGUUUUGUUGGGGCUCAGAAUGCAUGGGGCUCCUGUCACAGGGGAUGGUACUGGGGUGUGGUCAGCUUUAGUCGAGGAGUUGUUAGGGAUACGACCAGAGCCUGGUGAUGAUGGAAAACCUGUUCUCCAGGGUUCAUCAUUGAGGAUGACUUGGUUGAGGCGACACUUCAGUCAGGGCCCCCCGAUGACGCUGCUGAUAUUGUUUAUGAGAGGUUUAGCCGAGCAUAUAUUCUUGCACUUAUGGGGUCAACUUUGGUCUAAAUUGUGA